AUGGGUGACUUUGCAGUUAAGUUCCGGGUUAAGUCCAAGGUUGAUGGGUUCAAUUGGGCUCUGGUGGCGGUUUAUGGUGCCGCACAGCCCGAACACAAACCUGACUUUUUGGCAGACCUUGUUCGAAUUUGCGGUUCUGAACAGCUCCCAAUACUGGUUGGGGGUGAUUUCAACAUUAUUAGAAGAAGAGAGGAAAAGAACAAUGAUAACUUCGACGGCAGGUGGUCGUUCAUGUUUAAUACCAUUAUUGAAAGCUUGGAUCUGCGAGAGAUAGAGCUUUCAGGUAGAAAGUUUACCUGGGCUAAUACUUUUCCCACUCCGACGUUUGAGAAGCUGGAUCGAGUCCUUGCGAGCGUCGAAUGGGAACAGAAAUUCCCCUUGGUUACGGUCCAGGCGCUUUCGCGCGGUAUUUCUGACCACACGCCUCUGCACGUGGACUCUGGUGAGGCCACUCGCAUGGGGAACAAAAAUUCUUUUUCAUUCGAAAUGGCAUGGUUUGAACGAGAAGGCUUCUUGGAUUUGGUAGCCAGGGAAUGGGCUAAGGAUGCAGGAGGUAGGACUGCGGUCGAGCGUUGGCAGAAUAAGUUAAGACACUUGAGAAGUUUCUUGUGUGGGUGGGCUAAGAAUCUUAGUGGGAUGUAUAAGGUUGAAAAGGAAAGGCUCCUUACACUUAUUCAGUCCCUGGAUCUCAAAGCCGAGUCCACGAUUCUUCCAGCCACGGAGCUUCAUGCAAAGCUUGAGGCAAAGAUGAGAUUGAAAGAGCUUCUCCGUGAGGAGGAAUUGAAGUGGGCUUUGCGGGCUAAGGUUCGCAAAGUCGUCCAGGGGGACGCAAAUACUCAGUUCUUUCACAUGAUCGCUAAUGGCAAGCAUAGAAAGAAGAGAAUCUUUCAGCUUGAACAAGACGAAGGGACGAUUCUAGGACAAGAAAAUCUAAAACUUUACAUCACCGAAUACUAUAAGCAGUUGUUCGGGCCUCCGGAGGAUAGUUGUGUAUCCCUGGAUGAGUCUAGAAUUGAGGAUGUUCCUCAACUUGCUACUGAUGAGAAUGACAUUUUGACCGCCCCAUUUACGGAGAAGGAGGUGUUUGAUGCUAUUUCUCAGAUGAAAAAUAAUAAAGCUCCAGGGCCGGAUGUCCCCCUUUUCGAAAAAAAGAGCCCUGCUUCCACCGUGAGCAGGUAUGCAUCUACUCCGACGCCGAGCAGCUGCCCCAGCUCCUCCAUCUCCACAGGCUGCAGCACGCCUGCCACCUCAAGCCCCUUCGCCGUCGCAGCAAAAAGCCGCGCCGUGAUCCAGUGCAUAAUUCCAGCCGUCAUGAUCCAGUACAUGGCCGGACGUGCCGGUGAUCACAAGCCGGCGCUAGCAGCCACAGGCACACCUGACUUCACACAGAGAAAGAAGCUUCAGCAGCAUCAGGAUCUUCUUGAAUCAGCAGCGAAGUUCCCUAAGCAAGAAAUCAAUGGCUGGGAGCAUCCAGACCUCUGUUCACCAUCAAAGCUGCUCAAGAACGUAAGUACUUCCAUCAGGGAGAUCAGUCGCUGGGCAAGAUCUUCAACGGGGUCAAAGGUGAACUCAGAUAUCCGGCUCUUGGAUUCUGUAUUUUCUUUGAUACAAGUGGUAACUUCGACAGCACCACACCCAGAUCACGUCGUCGCCAUGAUACGAGUCCACGAAGCGCUUGCUAGCCUGUUGUUGGUCCUGCCCAAGAAUAUAUUCCUUUUCCUGUUGCAACAUUUCGCUCAGUUUGGAAACGCACUGCAUAACUUGCGAAGAAGCAUAAGGAGUGGUCUUCAGGUACUCAAAAACAUGAUCUUGGACUAUACAUCUGACGUAGUCCCCCAAGGUGGUGGUAUCCAUGAGAUCACCAAAUACUUGUUGAAAUACAUCAUUUCACUGCUGGACAAUGGCAGAUCUCUCAAAAUCAUACUUGUCAGCGAUGAACAGGAUGGCAUGGCUGCAAUGGAGACGCUGCAAGAUGUUGUUGCUACCUUGAUCUGUCACUUGGAAAUUAUGCUUCAGAAAGAAUCUCAUCGCUAUAAAGAUGCAGGGUUAAAACAAAUGUUCAUGGUGAAUAACGUGAACUUUGUGCUGCAUCAAGUAGAAGGCUCAGAGACAAGGUAUCUUCUAGGAGAGGAUUGGGUUCUGCAGCACCGAGACCAACUGAAGGACCACAUCUCACGGUUCAUCAACAUUUCUUGGGAAUCCGUCAUGUAUUGCUUCCAUGUAAAGACCAACAAAAUCCCAAUCUUUUCUAGCCUACCAACACUGCAAAUAUUUAACCUGGAAUUUGAGAAAACUUACUGGACUCAGAAGACAUGGAAAGUUGAAAAUCCUCUGCUCCGUUCCAAUAUGCGUAAAUCAGUAUCAGAGAAGCUUGUUCAGGCUUACAGUACAUACCAUGAGAAUCACAAAAACAAAGCCCCAAAGCUUAUGAAGUACACCCCUGAAGAUCUUGAAGAGCUGCUGUCAGAUCUGUGUGAAGGAUAAUGAGCAUAGCU